AUGUACAACACCACCGCUUAUCUCAGCUUCGACUUUGCCAGCUUGUACCCAGGCCUGUCCCCACAGGAGCUCUGCUGGGUGUAUCAAGGAAAUUGCUGGUGUGCCACGAUCUACGUCCUGACCAUCAUUGGAUUCGUGGGGAGCCUCUUAACCUUUAUUGUUGUCCUCCGCAGUGAGCGUCUCCGCUCGAGGUCCACAUUCAUCUACCUGUUGUUCUUGGCGGCAGUUGACGAGUUCGUGCUAUUAUACCUCUCAGGGGAGUGCCUGAACUUUCACCUGAGCCCCCCUUCAACUGAUCAUGCCUGCGCGAUCGAGUCUGUGGGGUUCUUCAUGAAUGACACCUUCGUGUAUCUGUCCGUGAUCUACGUGACGGCAGUGACGGUUGAGAGACUGAUCAUUGUAAAAUGGCCGUUGAAAGCUGCAUAUCUGUGCCGAAGACGGACGGCCAUCGUAGCGUGCGUUGUGACCGCGUUUGCCGUUGUGGUCUUCAACAGCUAUAAUUUAUCCAUGUGCUAUGUCGGGAUUGAAACAAGGCUCUCUAUCCUGAUAGCAGGCAGUUACAUGUUCAUCAGCAUUCACUCCGUCUUAUGUUUGGCGAUCGCUGUUUUAACGGCCAUCAUCAUCUUCCAACUGUCGCGCUCCAGUGCCAGACGCCGGCAGAUGUCGACGGCGACACCAGCAGCGAACGCAGGAAAGAUACAGUCAAACGACAGGCGCAGCAUCCCAGAAACCACAUCGCUGUUGCUUCAUCGAGAGAAGAGUGAAUCAACGACAAUCUGCACAAAAAUAGUAGAACCUCGUAAGAACACGCGUGCUUAA